UAAAGACAAAAUUAAUAUUGCACAGCUAUACGAACAGUUUAUAAGAAGAUGUUUUAACAAAACAAUUAUGGAAAAAUUUAAGCCCAAAUUUGCUCUGAGCGACGUUGAAUUGGAUUCAUUGAUGGGUGAUUUUAUUUUGAAGCAUCAGUUGUUAGCUAUGGAGCUGCUAAACAUUGAAGUACGUAAGGAAUUGUUAAAAAAUCAAUAUUAUAGAGAAAUACACGAUCAAUUUAAAAACCGAUGCGAACAGGAAUCAGAUACAUCACAACUGGUUCAUGUAGUCCAGCAGAAGGUUAAUUUUUGCCACCGGUCUUACAGUGAAUACUUUGUGGCAAAAUAUGUAUGCGACAACAUUUUUACGUUGUCAGGAGAAAUUGUCAUACGCAUUUGGUCUACAUAUAUUGUUGCUCGAAGAUUGUCUAUGACCAAGAUGGAAGGAAACCAGGUAUAUCUCAAGAUCUUAAAUAAUCUGUGUAAAAUAAGCUGGAAGAUUGCACUGUGGGCAUGUGAGUGUGACUGUUUGGGUAUCAUUUCCUCUUUAGAACGACAUUUUAAAUCAUUCUCAACUAGCAACCUAACGGCUAUGAUACUGGUUGCUGCGAAACGUGGGUUUGUUGAAAUAAUUGAAUUCAUAUUAAAGAAUAAAGGUGACGUGAAUACAGUGGAUGAAGAUCAAUGGAGUGCUAUUCAUUAUGCAGCUCAAAAUGGACACGAUCAGUUGAUGCAACUGUUGAUUGACAAAGGAUCCACUGUUAACAUUUGUUCAACUACCGGUAGAACUCCACUUCAUAACGCAGCAUUCAAUGGUCAUAAGAACGUUGCAGAACUCUUGAUAUCAAACAAUGCUGAUGUGAAUGCAGUGGAUGAGAAUCAAUGGACUCCUUUGAAUUUAGCUGCUCAAAAUGGACACGAUCAGUUGAUCCAACUGUUGAUUGACAAUGAUGCCAUUGUUAAAAUUUGUUCAAUUUCCGGUAUAACUCCACUUCAUAGCGCAGCACGGAAUGGUCAUAAGAACGUUGCAGAACUCUUGAUAUCAAACAAUGCUGACGUGAAUGCAGUGGAUGAAAAACAAUGGACUGCUAUCCAUUAUGCAGCACAAAAUGGACACGAUCAGUUGAUCCAACUGUUGAUUGAAAAAGGAUCCACUGUUAACAUUUGUUCAAUUACCGGUAGAACUCCCCUUCAUAACGCAGCAUUGAAUGGUCAUAAGAACGUUGCAGAGCUCUUGAUAUCAAACAAUGCUGACGUGAAUGCAGUGGAUGAAGAUCAAUGGACUGCUAUCCAUUAUGCAGCCCAAAAUGGACACGAUCAGUUGAUCCAACUGUUGAUUGAAAAAGGAUCCACUGUUAACAUUUGUUCAACAACAGGUAGAACUCCCCUUCAUAACGCAGCAUUGAAUGGUCAUAAGAACGUUGCAGAACUCUUGAUAUCAAACAAUGCUGACGUGAAUGCAGUGGAUGAAAAACAAUGGACUCCUUUGAAUUUAGCUGCUCAAAAUGGACAUGAACAGUUAAUCAAACUGUUGAUUACGAACGGUGCCGCUGUUAACAUUUGUUCGACUACCGGCAAAACUCCACUUCAUAGCGCAGCAUUCAAUGGUCAUAAGAACGUUGCAGAACUCUUGAUAUCAAACAAUGCUGACGUGAAUGCAGUGGAUAAAGAACAAAGGACUGCUCUUUAUUAUGCAGCUCAAAAUAGACACGACCAAUUGAUCAAGCUUUUGAUUAAUAUUACUAAAAAACAAAUAAAAAUACCGAACCUACUACAAGACGGAACAUAUAUAAGUAAAAUCCAAUCGGGUUACCACGGCGAAGUAUUUCAAAAACACGUUGCAGUAGCCUAUUUUCUACGGAUGCGGAGAGACAGUUUCAAUGUCAGAUUGGCAUAUGAAAUGGCAAAAGCCGACAAGUAUGAUGACGUAGUGAUCUUUGACGAUGGACGUGAGGUGAUACACUUCCUCCAGGUGAAGCACGCCGUUGUCAAAGGUGGCGAGGUAAUUGUUAUCGAUUUGAAGGCACUAUUUCCGACUGAGGAAAAAGAUCAACACAACGGAGACUUCAGUAUUUACAAGUACCUGGAAUCCUAUCUGAAAGUUGUUGAAAACUUUAAGAAAGACCAAUACAAAAAGCAGUUCUAUAUACUUACUAAUAAGGAUUUAAAAAUCUCCGAUGUUGAUUGGGUGACGCCUAUUGAGGUAGAAGUAGAUGAAAUCCUACGAUUGCCUGGAUCCAAGGCCCGACACCUGAAACUGAAUCCAACCGAAAAAGCUAUUAAGGAGUUGAGCAAUUUUAUCAACAAAGAUUUCGAAAACCUUAAAAAGGCAAUCAAAGAGCUUUUCAACAAUGGAACCGUCAGUAAAAUUUUAGAAACCUAUAGUACUCCUCUGAAAGACGUUUUAACAAUAAAAAAGAAGCAUUGCAGUUUUUUAGAUAGCUUCAACUCGGAAAGCGAUCAAUUCAAUGUUGCCAAGUUGUUUAAAGUUCUGGAAAAAGAUAAGCUUGAUAUGAAGAAGACAAUAACAGUGAAUAACUUUUUACUAAAAAAAUCAAGGGUGAAACAUUUGCCACGUUAUGUUAGUGAUGAGGAAAUUAUGGCAUUCUUCAACGACUUUUCUCUAUCGGUGGGCCAACCAAAUGAUUUGUGUCCAAUGAUUGAAAACGAACUGUGGACGUGGUUAAAAUCGUGGAUUUGUCCAGAAAUACUAAGAAAAUUGAGCAAUAUCGAUCUGAUAUUUAGAGAUCUGAUAUUAAAAUUUGACAAACUCAAUAAACCUAAAGAUAAUAAAAUGAAAGCAAUUUUGAAAAAAAGUGAUGUACUAAAUUGUCUUAGUGAAAUUCAGAAUGAUAACAAUAACCUUGAAGGUAAGGAAGCAAAACAAUUGCAAAAAUAUUACAUCAAUCGCCGUAUUAUAUACAAAUGUAGUAUACCGACCAAUGACAUUGAAGUUGAGAAAACAGGUAUGGAAGACAACAUUGAAGAACUUUCACGACAGAUGAGUGACACUCAGUUUGUUGAAGAGCUUGAGGAAACAUUUGAAGACCAUCAGAUCAUCGUACUUCUGUCAGACCCCGGAAUGGGGAAGACUAGCUUGCUUCAGUUUGUAGCGUUUGAAGUGCAGAAGCAAAAUGUCGUUAAUGUACUGUUGGUGUAUUUAAGCGAAACUCCACUUCAUAACGCAGCAUUCAAUGGGCAUAAGAACGUUGCAGAACUCUUGAUAUCAAACAAUGCUGACGUGAAUGCAGUGGAUGAAAAAAAAUGGACUCCUUUGAAUUUAGCUGCUGAAAAUGGACACGAUCACUUGAUCCAACUGUUGAUUGACAAUGAUGCCAUUGUUAACAUUUGUUCAAUUGCCGGUAUAACUCCACUUCAUAGCGCAGCACGGAAUGGUCAUAAGAAUGUUGCAAAACUCUUGAUAUCAAACAAUGCUGACGUGAAUGCAGUGGACAAAAAUCAAUGGACUCCUUUGAAUUUAGCUGCUCAAAAUGGACACGAUCACUUGAUCCAACUGUUGAUUGACAAUGAUGCCAUUGUUAACAUUUGUUCAAUUUCCGGUAUAACUCCACUUCAUAGCGCAGCACGGAAUGGUCAUAAGAACGUUGCAGAACUCUUGAUAUCAAACAAUGCUGACGUGAAUGCAGUGGAUGAAAAACAAUGGACUGCUAUUCAUUAUGCAGCUCAAAAUGGACACAAUCACUUGAUCCAACUGUUGAUUGACAAAAGAUCCACUGUUAAAAUUUGUUCAAUUACCGGUAGAACUCCCCUUCAUAACGCAGCAUUCAAUGGUCAAAAGAACGUUGCAGAACUCCUGAUAUCAAACAAUGCUGACGUGAAUGCAGUGGAUGAAGAUCAAUGGACUGCUAUCCAUUAUGCUGCCCAAAAUGGACACGAUCAGUUGAUCCAACUGUUGAUUGAAAAAGGAUCCACUGUUAACAUUUGUUCAACUACAGGAAGAACUCCCCUUCAUAACGCAGCAUUGAAUGGUCAUAAGAACGUUGCAGAACUCUUGAUAUCAAACAAUGCUGACGUUAAUGCAGUGGAUGAAAAAAAAUGGACUCCUUUGAAUUUAGCUGCUCAAAAUGGACACGAUCAGUUGAUCCAACUGUUGAUUGACAAUGGUUCCACUGUUGACUUUUGUUCAAUUACCGGUAGAACUCCGCUUCAUAACGCAGCAUUCAAUGGUCAUAAGAACGUUGCAGAACUCUUGAUAUCAAACAAUGCUGACGUGAAUGCAGUGGAUAAAGAACAAUUGACUCCUUUGAAUUUAGCUGCUGAAAAUGGACACGAUCACUUGAUCCAAAUGUUGAUUGACAAUGAUGCCAUUGUUAACAUUUGUUCAAUUGCCGGUAUAACUCCACUUCAUAGCGCAGCACGGAAUGGUCGAACGAACGUUGCAGAACUCCUGAUAUCAAACAAUGUUGACCUGAAUCCAGUGGAUAAAGAUCAUUGGACUGCUAUUCAUUAUGCAUCCAAAAAUGGACACGAUCAGUUGAUUCAACUGUUGAUUGAAAAAGGAUCCACUGUUGACAUUUGUUCAACUACAGGAAGAACUCCCCUUCAUACCGCAGCAUUGAAUGGUCAUAAGAACGUUGCAGAACUCUUGAUAUCAAACAAUGCUGACGUGAAUGCAGUGGAUGAAAAACAAUGGACUCCUUUGAAUUUAGCUGCUCAAAAUGGACACGACCAGUUGAUCCAACUGUUGAUUGACAAUGGUUCCGCUGUUAACAUGUGUUCAAUUACCGGUAGAACUCCACUUCAUAACGCAGCAUUCAAUGGUCAUAAGAACGUUGCAGAACUCUUGAUAUCAAACAAUGCUGACGUGAAUGCAGUGGAUAAAGAACAAAGGACUGCUCUUUCUUAUGCAGCUCAAAAUGGACACGAUCCGUUGAUUCAACUUUUGAUUGACAAAGGAUCCACUGUUAACAUUUGUUCAAUUACCGGUAGAACUCCGCUUCAUACCGCAGCACUCAAUGGUCAUAAGAACGUUGCAGAACUCUUGAUAUCAAACAAUGCUGACGUGAAUACAGUGGAUAAAGAACAAAGGACUGCUCUUUAUUAUGCAGCUCAAAAUGGACACGACCAAUUGAUCAAGCUGUUUAUUAACAACGGUUCAUCUGUUAACAUUUGUUCAAUUGCCGGUAGAACUUCACUUCAUACCGCAGCAUUCAAUGGGCAUAAGAACGUUGCAGAACUCUUGAUAUCAAACAAUGCUGACGUGAAUGCUAUCGAUAAAGACCAAAGGACUGCUCUUUCUUAUGCAGCUCAAAAUGGACACGAUCAGUUGAUCCAACUGUUGAUUGACAAAGGAUCCACUGUUAACAUGUGUUCAAUAACCGGUAGAACUCCACUUCAUAGCGCAGCACGGAAUGGUCAUAAGAGCGUUGCAGAACUUUUGAUAUCAAACAAUGCUGACGUGAAUGCAGUGGACGACAAUCAAUGGAGUGCUAUUCAUUAUGCAGCUCAAAAUGGACACAAUCACUUGAUCCAACUGUUGAUUGACAAAAGAUCCACUGUUAAAAUUUGUUCAAUUACCGGUAGAACUCCCCUUCAUAACGCAGCAUUCAAUGGUCAAAAGAACGUUGCAGAACUCCUGAUAUCAAACAAUGCUGACGUGAAUGCAGUGGAUGAAGAUCAAUGGACUGCUAUCCAUUAUGCUGCCCAAAAUGGACACGAUCAGUUGAUCCAACUGUUGAUUGACAAUGAUGCCAUUGUUAACAUUUGUUCAAUUGCCGGUAUAACUCCACUGCAUAGCGCAGCACGGAAUGGUCAUAAGAACGUUGCAGAACUAUUGAUAUCAAAUAAUGCUGACGUGAAUGCAGUGGAUAAAAAUCAAUGGACUCCUUUGAAUUUAGCUGCUCAAAAUAGACACGAUCACUUAAUCCAACUCUCCGACAAAAUUUGCGUCACUGCCCUGCUGACAACGCUCCACGUCCUCUCAUCCCGGCACAUUUCACUGACGACAUUUCUCGCGCUAAGGGCCGGCAUCUCCACUCGCACUGCCUAA